AUGGUUAGGACAAGAAACCUUCGUUCGGUAGCGAACGAAAACGACGAGAACAGCACUGAUACGACGCGUCUUACUCGUGCCAAGGCCGCUACCUUGAAGGUGGACGAGCUGGUCUCCAAGGGAUUGCAGUCCAAGAAGACCACUGUCGCCGCCAACCCCACGCGGAAGCGUAAUGCUUUGGGUGAUGUCACUAAUGCGACGAAGGGCGAUGCUGCCGAGGCCAAGAAGCCAGCAAAGGCUGCUCUCGCUCCCAAGGCCACCGCUGGCGUUCAGAAGAGAACAACUGCGACAACUCGUUCAGCUGCUGUUCCUCUCAAGGAGAAAGCCAACAACACAAAAGUCGUCUCGAAAACUGGUGCCGGCGCCAUUGGUCCCUUGAAGAGGAAGGUCACAUCUACUGCAGCCAGCGCUGCGGUGAAGGAGCGUGUUACAGAGGAGAGCGAGCCGGCCCCCAAGAAGGUGCACACGCUCGAGGCUGAGAAGAAGACCAAGGUUGAGGAGUCUUUCCGCGUCAAGAGCUCCAACAUCGAGGAGGAUCUCCGCCGCAAAGAGGCUGUCCCCGCGCCCGUUGCUGCCGAACCUGCCGAGCAUGUCUUCCCCGAAGGUGUCGAGGAUCUCGACCGCGAGGACUACGAUGACCCGCUCAUGGUCGCCGAAUAUGCUAACGACAUUUUCGAGUACCUGCGCGAUCUGGAAUGCAACUCGGUCCCCAACCCCCACUACAUGGACCACCAGGAUGAUUUGGAGUGGAAGACGCGCGGCAUCUUGAUCGACUGGCUUGUCGAGGUUCACACUCGCUUCCAUCUCCUGCCCGAGACCCUCUUCCUUGCCGUCAACAUCAUCGACCGCUUCCUGUCCGAAAAGGUUGUGCAGCUCGACCGUCUUCAGCUCGUUGGCAUUACCGCCAUGUUCAUCGCUUCCAAGUACGAGGAGGUUCUCUCACCCCACAUUGCCAACUUCCGUCACGUCGCCGACGAUGGAUUCAGCGAGGCCGAGAUCUUGAGUGCCGAGAGAUUCGUUCUGCAAACCCUCAACUACGACCUCAGCUACCCCAACCCAAUGAACUUCCUCCGUCGCAUUUCCAAGGCUGACAACUACGACAUCCACUCCCGCACUCUUGGCAAGUAUCUUAUGGAGAUCAGCUUGCUGGACCAUCGGUUCAUGGCCUACCGCCCCAGCCACAUUGCCGCCGCUGCUAUGUACUGCGCGCGCAUGUGCCUGAACCGUGGAGAAUGGGACGAGACAUUGGCCUACUAUGCCGGCUACACUGAGGCGGAAAUUGACCCCGUUUAUCGCUUGAUGGUGGACUACCUAGCCCGCCCCGUCUGCCAUGAGGCGUUCUUCAAGAAAUACGCGAGCAAGAAGUUCCUCAAGGCAUCCAUCGUGACUCGCGCUUGGGGUAAGAAGCAGGCCGGUCUGCUUGGGAUCCAAAACCUUGGGUUAACGGUCGACCAAAUCUCGGACGAUGCCUAA